AUGGCUCAUUCGGUGGAGGAAGUCGAUCCUGUUUUUCCACUGGUUUGGCAGCUCUACGACGACGUCUCUAGCACCGAAUCCCUAAUUGGCAAGGAUCAAUAUCAAUCAAAGAUCCCGCCUCCAUGGUGGCGGUGGAUUUCGCUCCGGCUGCCCGCCCCGGGUUCGCGCUCUCCUCCUGCUCCGCACGCUGUGUCGUUGACUGAAAACACCGUCCCGCGGCCGGCGCCUCUCGUCGCGGUUGCCAGCCACAGGAGGGAGCUGGUGCUAGGUGCGGCGCUGAGCGCGCUGCUGUCGCGGGCGCCGUUGCCCGCCGAGGCGCGCGAGGUCGAGGUCGGCACGUACCUGCCGCCGGCGCUGUCCAAACCGGGCUUCGUCUUCUUCCGGGCCACACCCAAGGACACCCCCGCACUCCGCGCUGGCAAUGUGCAACCGUACGAGUUCAUCCUGCCGCCCAGCUGGAAGCAGACGCGGGUGACCAACAUCCUGUCCGGGAACUACUGCCAGCCCAAGUGCGCCGAGCCGUGGGUGGAGGUGAAGUUCGAGGACGAGAAGCAGGGCAAGGUGCAGGUGGUGGCAUCGCCGCUGAUCCGCCUCACCAACAAGCCCAGCGCCACAAUCGAGGACAUCGGCAGCCCCGAGAGGCUGAUCGCCUCUCUGGGGCCCUUCGUCACCGGAAACACCUUCGACUCCGACGAGCUUAUCGACACUAACGUCGAGAAAAUCGGCGACCAAACUUACUACAGCUACGUGUUGGAGACCCCGCUGGCACUGACGGGUUCGCACAAUCUAGCGAAGGCUACCGCCAAGGGGAACACGGUGGUGCUGUUCGUCGCAAGCGCCAACGACAAGCAGUGGUCGUCGUCACAAAAGGUUCUGAAGGCCAUAGUGGACUCGUUUCAAGUAUGAUUGCAGCACGUGCCAUUCUGUGAGAUGGUUGGUUUGGGUGAUGAGUCCUUGGCAACAUUAGCCGUUUGAGUUGAGUUGCUUACCUUAAGUUAUGAAAUAUGAGGUAUAUAUUCUGAUAAGGCAAACUGCUCGUUUUUUAGGCUUGGAAAGUGGAGUAAAGAACGAUUUUCUAUGGAGUUACUAUGGUGACGGUGCUGUUCAUAGCUUAUUGAAGAGGAGAGGUUAGGUGUACAAAAUGAGGAACAUAUUUGUUUUCAAUAAGAACUGUAAGUUAUAAUCAGCUUAUGCUGGUAAGUUGAAAAUGUGAACAAUCACUUUUAUGCA